CAGUGCAGUACGGCUGUCCAACGCUGUCGGAAGAGUGGUGUGUAAGAUGUUAAUUGAUGUGCAAUGUUAGAAUGGAAAAAGCAAGACAUAAAUGGUUGUUAUGCUGAUUUAUACUGAAACAAUGCCAAUCUAAAACGUAUUUAAAUUACCUUCGGACAAGUUUUUACGGGAAAGCAGUUCGACUUCUGUACGAGGAAAGCGAUCAGACUAGCGUGGGCGAUACUGAUAUUGUUUCUGUAAAAAUAGACGAAUCUGAUUCGAGUGAGCGAUGACUCCGGCUAUGCUUUAAUGCUCGAUCCAUGAAAUGAAUCGAAAGCCAACGUACGAACCACCGCAUAACUGGAUUCCUGUUUUUCUAAUGCUCCUGCAAAUCCCAAAAGCUCGAACCGAUUGCGCCGAGGUAUUCGUUUAGCGACACAGAAAUUCGCAAUUUUGAACUAUACCGCUACCGCGAAACAAGUGCACGUGCUCGUGAAAGGAAGAAAGAGACGAAGACUGCCGAGCACAAACGAAAAAUGACGAUCAUUUCCUGAAGGGUCUAUUAUCCCGUUCACGCGUAGCCCAGCUUUGUUGGCCGACGUGCGUCGUGCCAUUAGUAUCGUUUUGUGUACUUGUUUAUUUAUUUCUAUUUUUCACGUGAUUGUAGGUCGUGAUCUCUAUCGUCUGAGAGGAAAAAAAUCUGACAUCGAAUUAAACAUUGCGUUUUUUGCUUAACUUUUCUUCUUCGAUCGAUUUAUUUAUCAAAUGCCUUGAAACAAGUUCGACAAUUUUUUGUAAAUAGAUUUUUGGAUUACUUUUUGUGUAUGUCUUUCUUUACGUAUUUUCCUUUAAAAAACAAAAAAAAAAAAAAAAAAGAAGGAUUUAAAUUUAUUCAACAAUCAUCCAAGAUCAUUGGACUUAAUUCCAUGUUGGUUUUUAUUAUUUCGGUUCAUCUAUAAAAUAUUUUUCUAUUAAUUCAUAGCGUUGAGUCACAGCCGCUGAUGCAUGUAUAAAUGUUUAAACGAUAGUCUCAUUCCACUAAUCGUUUCUUCGCAUUGAAGCCUUUCCCUUAGAAAUCUCUAUUCAAAAUUGUUGAGUUAUACGUGUGUGAUACGUGACCACGUGCGCAUUGUACGUCAAGAAAUUCGUCGAGCCAAUCUUCGUGCGCCCGAAUCAAGAUCGUAAAUAGUUGCCCGGAACGAGAAACAUGCUGACGCGACUGUUCGAGAUUCACGGCCGAUUUUGCGCGGGGCAUCCUUUGGAGGUGAUCGUGACGACCUUUACUCUUACGGCAUGCAUCCUGAACAUGGAGACCGGAAAUGGACAGUCACGGGAGGGAACUCUUCCUGUGGCUCCGCAUUGUCGAGGUGGUCGAUGUAACACGGACGACCUAAACGCGGCUGAUAUUAUAGUCAUGACUAUAAUACGGUGUCUAGCGAUACUAUUUACCUACCAUCAGUUUCGAAAUCUACAAAAGUUGGGAUCAAAAUAUAUAUUAGGUAUCGCUGGACUAUUCACCGUCUUCUCCAGUGUUGUGUUCACGUCUAGCGUAGUGAACUUUGGACGCAGCGACAUUUCCGAUUUAAAGGAUGCGUUGUUCUUCUUCUUGCUUAUCAUCGAUCUCUCCAAGGCCGCUAUACUAGCGCAGUUGGCUUUGAGCUCCCGAAAUCAAGAGGAGGUGCGAGCGAACAUCGCACGCGGCAUGUCGCUCUUAGGACCAACUAUCACGUUAGACACUUUGGUGGAGACCCUGCUCAUCAGCAUAGGAUCGUUAUCCGGUGUUAAGAGAUUGGAAAUCCUGUGCAGUUUCGCUUGCCUCGGUGUUCUUGUUAAUUAUAUCGUUUUCAUGACCUUCUACCCUGCGUGUUUGUCACUUAUCCUCGAGCUUUCCCGCGGAACGAAUGGCAUGAAACCAUUGAGCGCAGACAAGAUUUUCAUGAUGCAUCCGUUGAACGAGGAAGAUCAAAAGCCGAAUCCGGUGGUGGAGCGCGUAAAGAUGAUCAUGAUCGCUGGGCUAUUCGUAGUGCACGCAAACAGUCGCUGGCCUUUCAAGAACGAUGAAAAUGGCCACGCGGUGGAAGGUAAGAUGUCACUUGCGAACGCACACAUCGUAGCGGACACUUACAACAAAACAGAGAAUCCAUCGGAAGUGAAAGAGUAUUUAAUGAACUGGCUGUCAGUGAGCGCGGACAAUAUCGUGAUACUGAUACUUCUUCUUGCGUUAGCGAUCAAGUUUAUUUUCUUUGAAGACAAGAGAGACAUCGCGAAACAGUUACGAUUCAAAGAGGAAAACGAUACAGAGGAAAAAGUUGAAAGCGAAUACACUGCUACUGAAACCAUGAACACGACUACCAUGAAUAUGUCGUUGCGUCAACGAUUUGGAGAACCAUUACCCGGGACGCGAUCCGCGAUUUUCCCGUUGUCCGGCGUAGGCGGUAACUGGAUCGAAGAUGAAAGUGAAUCUCAAAUGGAGUUCAUCGACAAGGAGGUACAAACCGACGGCAAGCAAUUCAACAUAGACGCGUCGAGUAACGAGGGUUCGUCUACUCAAUCGAAAGUUCCUAGAUCGGUAGAAGAAUGUCUUGAAAUAUAUAAAUCCGAACUUGGAGCGUCUGCUCUGACAGACGAAGAAGUUAUUGAGUUAGUUAGGCAUAAACAUAUAGCUGCUUAUCAAUUAGAAAAAGCUGUUGGAGAUAUGGAACGUGGUGUCGGCAUUAGGCGUCUUAUAAUUGGAGAGGCUGGCAAAUUUAUCGGAGAACUGCCUGACGUACCAUACAAGGAUUACGAUUAUAGCAAGGUACUAGGAUCUUGUUGCGAAAACGUCGUAGGAUAUGUGCCAGUGCCGCUUGGAAUUGCCGGUCCGUUAUUAAUUGACGGUAAAUUAUAUCAUGUACCGAUGGCUACGACCGAAGGAUGUCUGGUAGCAUCUACUAAUCGCGGGAGCAGAGCUUUGAUGAAAUGCGGUGUAACGAGCCGGGUAGUGGCCGAUGGAAUGACCAGAGGACCGGUUGUAAGAUUUCCAAAUAUCGUCAGAGCCAGCGAGGCUAUGGCAUGGAUGCAGGACCCAGAGAACUUUGAGGAAAUGAAGAGUAAUUUUAAUUUAACUAGUAGAUUCGCAAGAUUGACAAAGAUACAUGUACGCAUCGCUGGUAGGCAUUUAUUUAUUCGUUUCGUCGCGACGACUGGUGAUGCUAUGGGAAUGAACAUGCUGUCAAAAGGCACGGAGAAGUCGUUGAACACAGUGAAGGAACAUUUCCCCGAUAUGGAGAUAUUAUCGUUGAGUGGUAAUUUCUGCACGGAUAAAAAGCCAGCGGCGGUAAACUGGAUUCAGGGUAGAGGAAAAAGUGUAGUAUGCGAAGCAGUGGUACCUGCAUACGUCGUUACCAAUGUAUUGAAAACCUCGGUUCAUGCUUUGGUUGACGUGAACAUAAGCAAAAACAUGAUUGGAUCUGCUGUAGCUGGCAGCGUAGGCGGUUUCAACGCGCACGCCGCAAAUAUCGUAACGGCGAUCUAUAUAGCUACAGGCCAAGAUCCUGCACAGAAUGUUGGUAGUAGUAAUUGUAUGACUUUGAUGGAACCAUGGGGAGCGGAUGGUACAGAUUUGUAUGUAUCCUGUACAAUGCCUAGUAUAGAGAUAGGUACAAUCGGUGGUGGAACCGGUCUUCCUGCGCAAGGAGCGUGUUUAGCUAUGCUGGGUGUUAAAGGCGCAAACGCUGAUCUACCUGGUGAAAAUGCUAGUAGAUUAGCUAGAAUUGUAUGUGCUACAGUACUUGCCGGUGAAUUAUCAUUGAUGGCUGCUCUCACAGCUGGACAUUUAGUAAAAAGUCACCUUAGGCACAAUAGAUCAUCUACUACAGUAACGAAUGCAAUGAUCGCUCCUCCAAGUAGUAUGGGAAAUACAUUGACUGUGCCAAACAAGUUAGAGCCUGUACAAAGUAUUUGUAAGGAUUAUAUAGACAAAGCAUAACGUUAAUCGUACGUAAAUUGGUUCCGGUUUGACGUUUUAGUAGAGUCUUGUGUACACUGUCCGACGACCGCUUCAACGUAAUAUUCCAAAGAAAUAUUUCGUUCAUGUACGUAAAAAGUAUAUACCAAAAAGUGAAAACAGAAAUAGAAGCAAACGCAAUAAAAUGGAUAGAAUGAUCUUAACGAAAACAGUGAAAUGGAUCCUAAGUUAACCUAUAAAAGUGAUUCGGAUACGCUAUAUGUACAUAUAUUAAUGCGUAUCAUGUUCAUCUUCCAAUACGUCUUAUGAAUAUAUACUAAAUAUGUAUACUAAAUUUGCAAAGAACUAUACGAUUAACGAUGGUUGUAUAAAAUUAACAUUGUGCAAAAAUUAUUUUUUGCGUACACGAUCAUAUUUUUACAUAGUGCAAUAAUAAUUUUUAGUUGUAGUUAUUUCAUCGGUCAGGAUUCGCAUAAUGUAAAGAAUGAUGUAAUCAAAGACUGUACAUUAUGUGGUAUACCGAGUAAAAUCAAACUAAUAAAUAUUCUUCGUAACUAGAAAAUUGCAUAUGAUUAUGGGAUUACAAUGCAAAUAAAAAUUGUAAAUUAUAUAUUUUGUUUUUAUAUGUUGAAUAUAAAGAAGAAUCGUUUAAAUUUUAAAUGCAUUAUACAUAAACUUUAUUAGUACAAACGUAUAAAAUUCCCAUUAAAAAUAUUUCAAAAGAACAAUAAGAAAAUAAAUGAUAAUAAAUUAAUAAUACGACACGUGAUCAUUUUUGAUUUUCUUUCAAUAUCAUGUACACAUUCUGCAUGCAUUAAUAGCCUUCUGUUAAUAUAAAAGAAGCAGGUAUUAUGGUAGCACACAGCCUAAUAAAAUAUUUUUACAAUGUUUGUUACACA